AUGCUGUUAGACAACUGCACUGCUCAUCCGCAUGUGGAGGGUUUGAGUUCAAUCAAACUUGUGUUUUUGCCUCCAAACACGACAUCAAAAUUACAACCGAUGGACCAAGGCAUAAUAAACAAUUUGAAACAGAAGUACCGUCGAUUCCUCAUUGAAUACUUGCUGAAAUGUUUUGAUAAAAGUCUCACUCCUGAAAUCAAUCUCCGACUUGACUGGAUAUACCGAGCGUGGAAGUGUGUCACGCCCACCACGAUUCGUAACUGUUUUUUGAAGGCCGGAAUCAUGCAUACCGAGGUCGUGACCUCGGUGAGUGACAGCUCAUCAAGCGAAGAUGACGACAUCCCUCUGUCAACGUUAGCCAAUGAAUGA